AUGUCGCUGAAUUUCGCUCGUUGGUUUGGAGAAGGAGCGUUGAAGGAGGAAUGUGUUCUGGUGCCUGUUUGGUUGCUGUCGGGACGCUACUUCGAUCGUCAUGAAGCAGUAAAAGCUUCUAGUAAGCAUCUGGUCACAAAGGCCGCCCGCAAAAGCAUUCCCUGGACCGACGCAGUCAAGAAGCCGCAUUGUUACCGGCCGGGAACGGUAGCUCCGCGGGAAAUUCGUCACCGACUCCACCGAGUUGCUGAUCCAUUGUUCGAGGACACCAAUCUGUGCGCGACCCACACCAAGCGCGUCACAAUCAUGCUGAAGGAUAUCCAGCUGGCCCGGCGCAUCCGCGAGCGUGUUUAA